GUCACAGUAGUCACUUUGUUUUUAGGUUAAAAAUUAGAAUUAUAAAGCAAAGGUAUUUAUCUUACUAAGCGAUGGCUUUGAAUAGGCUAUUCGCAAAUUUAACUAUAAGCGUAACGCCGAGUUUAAUUGGUAGAAAAGCUGUUCAAGUAACUGCUGUGAGAUAUGCAAGUAAGCCGAGGCUCGUGAAACCUAAACCUGGAUACGGUAUCAGCUAUCGAAGAAUAGUUCAUUUUCCUGAAGAAUAUACUGUAAAACCUUUGGAAGUUACUAACCUGGCUGGGCGAGAUCCAGAUUCAGGUAGAAUUGUAGCAAAAGGUAUUGGUGGAGGGAUUAAACACAAAUAUCAUUGGAUUGCAUGGAUUAGAGAUGGACCCACAGAAGGUCCACCACAGGAGGAAAAAGUAAUUCAGAUAAUAGAUUGUGGAUGUAGAACGGCACACGUUGCACUGGUAGCCGUGGGUGACAAGGUGAAGUACAUACUUGCAACUGAGAAUAUGAAGGCUGGUGAUAUAAUUAAAACCUCCCGAAAUCUGCCUAGGAUACCAGUUAGAGCAAAUGAAGGAGAUGCUUAUUUAUUGGGUGCUCUGCCACUCGGUACAAUUGUGCACUGUAUUGAAAAAGAACCAGGACAGGGCGGGGUCUACAUACAUGCAGCGGGUACAUAUGGCACAAUACUAAGAAAACAAGAUGAUCGUAUUGUUAUACAGAUGCCGUCAAAGAGGCUGUUCAGUUUUGACGAACAUUGUAUGGCUGUUGUUGGUCGGCUCUCUAAUGUAGACCACGGCAGCACCCCAAUAGGAUCGCCACAACGCAACAGAUGGCUAGGAAACCGCCCAAGGUCGGGACUCUGGAAGAGAAAGGACGGCAGACACGGAAGGAAAAUCAGACCUCCCAAACCUGUGAAAGAAAUACACGCAAGAAAGAAAUUCCCACUACCGGCGAUUGUAAUGACAAUGACUCCAUAAUUUUUCUUAGAAUAUACUAUAAGUGAUGUAGUUUAUCAGAAUUAUCUUAGAACAUA